GCAUGAUGCUGCCGCUGUUCACCUGCAGGGCUUUGGGAAGCCGAGGACCCGUCGCCUCCUCCCGAGCCGGAGCACAGUGACCGUGACCGUUGCACCUCCUCCCGUAUCCCCGGGACCCUCCCUCUGAAGCCCCCCACCAUGUCCAGGAAGAAAACCCCCAGGAGCAAAGCGGGCAGCUCACCCUCCUCCAACCUGCCCCCGGCCAAGGACCGGGGCAAGGCGGGCGGCAGGAGGCUGGACUCCGAGCCGCCCCUCAACGGGGUCGCGCUGCCCCGCCACCCGACCCUCAGCAGCAGUGGCGAGUUCUACGACGUCGCCUUCAAGGUGAUGUUGGUGGGAGACUCGGGAGUGGGAAAGACCUGCCUGCUAGUCCGGUUCAAAGACGGUGCCUUCUUGGCUGGAAGCUUCAUCUCCACUGUGGGAAUCGACUUCAGGAAUAAAGUCCUGAACGUGGACGGGGUGAAAGUUAAACUGCAGAUCUGGGACACAGCUGGGCAGGAGCGUUUCCGCAGCGUCACGCACGCCUACUACCGCGACGCCCACGCUCUGUUGCUGCUCUAUGAUGUCACCAACAAAGCAUCCUUUGACAACAUUCAGGCCUGGCUGGCGGAAAUCCAGGAAUAUGCCCAGCAGGGAGCAGUGCUCAUGCUCCUGGGGAACAAGGUGGAUUCCGCCCAGGACAGGGCAGUCAGGAGAGAGGACGGGGAGAAGCUGGCCAGGGGGUACGAGGUACCAUUCAUGGAAACCAGCGCCAAGACUGGACUGAACGUCGAUCUUGCCUUCAUGGCCAUCGCCAAGGAGCUCAGGUACCGGUCCGGGCAGUUGCCACACGAGCCCCAGUUCAAGCUGCACGAGUAUGUGAAGAAAGAAGUCCGAGGCCAGGGCUGCUGCAGGGCCUGAGGCCGCGCCGUUGACCGAGGCCCAAGCUGUCGGCCUCCCUCCCUUCCCCCCGAGGACCGUGUGUGCAUGUCUGUGCUGUGUUACUGUCACUGCCCAAGAGGGACGUGGACGUGGUCAGUCGGGGACAGGAAGCUCGGCCCACCCCCCAGACCAUCCGGCCCCAGAAAAUGAUGUUCCCCUCUCCCCCUGGACAAUCUGGCCCCUAUGGCUAAUGCAGAAAACAAGAGCUAUGAGAGCUCCUGGGCUCCCCCGGAUUGCUGACACCCCUGGACCUGCUGGCCCUGGAGUGCACGGGAGGGGUCAGCUGGCCCAGCACAUCUGCCGGCCCUGAGGGCCCACCCCCUUCUCCUUCCCCCCUCUUUCUGCCACAUAGUUUUCUACUCCUGCAGCAGGUGUUUCUGGAUCCAACUCCCCAGGCUGGUGCUUGGGGCCUCCCACCAGCCGGGGAGGGGGUAAGGGGGUGCGGGGAUGCCGUGAGCUCCCCGACUCACAGCGAGUUCAUCCUCAUCAGGACCCCACGCUCCCGAGACCCUCCAUCCAGUCGGUUCCUGAGGACAGGCCCCGGUCCCUGGUCAUGAGUUGGAUAAAGGCUUUGGCUUCGGUGGCUUCCGCUCCUCCGGUUCUUUCAAAGGAGAAAAAUCACCGGCAGCUUGAAGCAGUGAGGGAAGGGGCGGCCGUGCCUCUUCUGGCCCGCGGGAGCCUGAAGGCUGCCUUCUGUUUACAAACCAGCUUUCAGUGCCCGGCCGAGUCAACAUGCAGGUGGGCUUACCGUCCUGGCUACUGCCCCUAAAUUUAUCAGCCUGCAGGCCAGGCAGCUACACCACUUCCUCCAGACCUGACGCAAAUGGUGUCAGCUUUGCGCCGGUCCUCACAAUCCACAGCAGGUGCCAUGAAUGGCCUCUGAGGGGGUCUCAAACUCUGGGUGAUCUGUUUUAUUACCCAGGCCCUUGGAAGAGGGCCCCCCCCCAAAAUAGUUACCCUCAGAAAAAGCCAAAACAUCAUGUGAUCUGAAGCAAUGCCUUUGACUGGAAAUUGACUUUAUUCAUUAAAUUGUAUUUAUUGAGUGUUUACUGUGUGCAAAGCACUGUACUAAGCACUUGGGAGAGUACAAUAUAACAAUAAACAGACAUUUCCUGCCCACAAGCUCAGUCUAAAGCAGCAGCCCCCUCCAGACCCACGGAGCUGUGAUUGGGGCCCAACUGCACCCCUAAACCCCCUCUACCCCUUUUGAGAACCCAUUUCUCUAGUUCCACUCCCAAAGGCGGAUGUCCCCCUCUCUGAUCCUUGGGGAAUGGUCCAGUGGAAAGAGCCCAGGCUUU